GCACAAUGAUUGUAGAUCUUGAAUUAAUAAAACUUAACAUUGCAAAUAAAGCUAUAACUCUCGAUUAUUUAACUAAAAAUAAAGACCAACAAAAACAUUAUACUUCUCUUGUUCGGGUAUGUGAUAAGGCAUUAAUUUCUCGUGAUAGAUACCAGAAAUUAGCAGCUGUAGAUCCAAAUAUAGUUCGUGAAUAUUUAAUUAAACAACGACAUAAAGAAAUCGAUAACCAUAUGGAACAAUACUUGCCAAUCUUAUUAUUUAAUAUCGAUCAACCUUUAGAAGUAAAAAAAAGUAAUGAUAAUUCGAGUUUUGACAAAAUUAUAACCAUUAAUAAUCAAACUGAAAAUGCAGUUUAUCGAUCAAUCACAUCUUUAUUAAUGGUUUUGGUUCCAGUUUUAACCACUUCUGAUCUAAUUUUUCUCUAUCCCGGUGAUAAAAUUAAUAUAAAAAUUGGUGGUGAUGGUAGAAAUGUCAGUAGAAAGCAAAGUUAUGUCAUAUUAGCAAUUAGUAUACUAAAUGAAG